GCCGUAGCGGAGGAGACCGCCCCCCAGUGUCAAAACCCCGGCUGUGCCGAGAACCAGAGGGCCAUCAAGGUCUGUCACCACGCCAAAUGUGAGCAGCUCAACCACCACGGCCCUCUGCACUUGUGUGAGGAGUGUGACGGGCAGAUCCACAGGGCGAUGCACUUUGACCGACAUAUCCGCUUCGACCUUCCACCUCCAGGGUCUAUCCUGGCACGUAACGUCUCCACCCGGUCCUGCCCGCCACGCACUAGCCCGGCCUCCGAUGUGGAAGAGGAUGGCGAGCCAUUGAUUGACGGGAGAGGAGAAAAACGAAAUUUAGUUCGGAAGCCCAAGAAAGGAACAAGGCGGCACACGGACGAUCCCAGCAGGGAAUAUUUCACUCUGAAAUUUGAUUUGAACGUGGACGUCGAAACGGAGAUCGCCCCAGCAAUGAAGAAGAAAUCUUUAGGGGAGGUUUUGUUUCCGGUCUUCGAACGGAAAGGCAUCGACCUGUCGAAAGUAAACAUUUACCUGGACCAGUCUAACACUCCGCUCUCGCUCAACUUCGAAGCCUAUCACUUCGGAGGACAUUACCUGCGGGUGAAAGCCAAACCAGGGAACGAUCUCAAGGUGGAAGACGGGGUGAAGGACAGCAAAUCUUUGAGUUUGCCCAUCCUGCGCCCAGCGGGCAUCAGCCCCUCCUUCCUUGCCACCCCGUCUUUGGAUCGGCUGGAGCAAAUCUCCCUUCGCCGCGAGAGCACAGAUGUUGGGGUCCCUGGACGGCAAAGGAAGAACAUGAAUGAAUUUCUGGGCGAUGCCAGGAUCCCAAAUCCGGACCUUUUGCCGCCUGCGGCCCCCUCGCCGGUCCCCAACGGGCCGGACACGCGGAAGAACCGGGGGGCCAGCCGCUUCAGCGGCUUCUUUGGGUCAGGCAACAGCGGAAGCUCAUUCUCCAGGGAACUGGACAAGACGGAGCAGCUGGAGAGCAAACUGAAGUCCUACAGCCUCUUUGGCUUCCCCCGGCUGCCCGACCAGCUGCGCUUCGACCAGGAUUCCUGGGAGGACGGAGAGGAGGAAGACGAGGCCGGCCUUCGGAUGGAGGACAGCUGGCAGCAGAUCAUCCAGGGCACCGAGGCCUUGACGCGACGCCAGUGUCACCAGCAGGAAGCCAUUUGGGAGCUGCUACACACCGAAGCGUCUUACAUCAAGAAACUCAAAGUCAUCACGGAUCUCUUCCUGUGCUGUCUUUUAAAUUUGCAGGAUUCGGGUCUCCUGUGCGAGGUGGAAGCUGAACGUCUUUUCAGCAACAUUCAAGAAAUAAUCCGGGUUCAUCGCUCCCUCUGGAGGACGGUCAUGGCCCCCAUUUUGGAGAAGGCCCGGGCGAGCCAAAAGUUGCUGGACCCCACCGAUUUGUCCGAGGGGUUUAAGACGUUCGGCUCCCACUUCCAGCCUUACCUCCGUUACUGUAUGGAAGAGGAAGCCUGCAUGGAAUACAUGCGGAAUUUGCUGCGACAAAACGAACUCUUUCGCCUGUACGUGACGUGGGCUGAGAAACACAAGCAAUGCAACCGGCUGAAGCUGAGCGACAUGUUGGUGAAGCCGCACCAGCGCCUGACCAAGUACCCCCUACUCCUGAAGUCCGUCCUGAAGAAGACCGAGGACCCCAAGGCGCGAGAGGCCAUCGUUGGCAUGAUCAACGCGGUGGAGCAGUUCAUCAACCACGUCAACUCGCGGAUGCGUCACCACCAGGAGCAGCAGCGCCUGGCCACCACCGUCAACCGCAUCGACGCCUAUGAGGUGGUGGAGGGCAGCACGGACGAAGUGGACAAGAUCCUGAAGGAGUUUCAGCGCCUGGAUCUGACGGGCCCGAUCCCCGGGACGUCCCGAGAGGAGACGCGGCAGCUGCUGCUGGAGGGGCCCCUCAAGAUGAGGGAAGGCAAAGACAGCAAGAUGGACGUCUACUGCUUCCUCUUCACCGACCUCUUCCUCAUCACCAAGCCGGCCAAGAAGGCCGAACGCACUCGGGUCGUCCGUCAGCCCCUCCUGAUUGACAAGCUGGUGUGUCGGGCACUCAGGGAUCCAGGAUCCUUCCUGCUGAUCUACCUGAACGAGUUUGGCAGCGCUGUGUGUGCCUACACCUUCCAGACCAGUGGGCAGUCGCUGUGCCGGAGCUGGGUUGAGGCUGUCUGUAACGCUCAGAAUAAGCUGCAGCAGCUGCGCCUGCAGGAGCUCCAACGCAACCAGCGGCUUCCUCAAGUCGUGGAAGCCAAGGCGGUAGAGGAAGAGGAGGAGGAGGAAGUAGAAGGGGAGGAGGAGGAGGAGGAGGAAGGCAACUGGGACUCUUCGGGGGCCAGUUCCCCUCCCACCCUCCGGAAAAGCACCAGCAGCUUGGACUCCCAGCAGUGCCUCUCUGACGGCUCCACCGACACCAUCUCCAUCAUCACGGCCGAGACCAGCGAGGAAUUCCUUCCGCCUUCCUCCAACGGGAGCCAGUUCCUCCCUCCAGUGGAGGAACUGAGCCUCUGCCCGCUCCCCAAUUCCGCCACGCCCUCCUUGGAGGGGGGAGACCGGAUCCCCGACACCCCCAGAGCCUUGUCGAAACCGGAACCCAGCCCCUGCAGUUGCUCAUCGUUCGACAGCGCCUACAGGACCCUCUCACUCGGCUCGCUACACGAACUGGGGGAGCCCUCGCUGCCCCAGGGGGAGACAGCAGCUGCCGAGGAGGAGGACGAAGAGGAGGAGGAGGAGGAUGUCGCCAAGACCGGCUCCCCAAAGCUGCGUCGUCAGACCCCUGUCCAGCUCCUGCCCGCCAAGACCAAGGUGCUGAAGUCCAAAUCCGAAGCCAACCUCGCGCAGGUGCUAUCGCCCUCGCUGUCGCUCAUCCAGAGUCAGAGUUUGUCUGAACUUUCUCCUCCGCUCUUGCUGUCCGGGGCUCCCCCCAUGCAGGAGCCCCAAGGCCAGCCCCUCUGCAGGGCCUUUAGCGGCAGCAGUGAUAACAGCAGCACUUCCCAACUCUCCGAAGCGGAGGAGACGACCUGCGGCUCUCCGGGGUUGAUGGCUGCCGUCUCGAAUGGAGCACCGUCGCCGUGUUGGCCGGAGGACGAGGAGCAGCCUCCGAGCGAGGAGCUGUCAGAGGACCAGCAGGCAUUUUCAGAUCCGCCGACCAUUCAGCACCGGAAGUUGACUCUGGGCCAGCUGUACCGCCUCCACACCACGUUGCUGCUCAACUCCACGCUUACGGCCUCGGAGGUAUGAGAAGUGUCGGAAGAAGAGAACCGAGUGCGAGACAAAGGUCCGGUUCUGCGGUUCCCACCCCCAUCCCCACCGGGGCAUCGAGACCACCCAGCCGCCCCAAAGGGGUGGGCGCAAAGACAGGGCACGGCAUCCCAGACGGGUGCCGCUUCUCUGUAUGUGCAAUCGACGUGUUUGCAGCUGCUGUGCACCCUUGGCCCGAGGACAUGAGAGACAAUGGGAAAGGGGGGGGCAGGAGGGGGGGUCCCCCCCCAGCAACAGUUUCCCAGGAACUUCGGAUUUGAACCCCAAGUUUUACCUUUUAUUUACUAUUUAUUCCUCCGUGUUCAAUCCUCCUCUCUGGACACAAAGGACGGAGAAGGAUAAUUCAAGAGGGUCUCCGCGCAAUGUUUUCUCCGUUGUUUUCCUCACUCGACUCUUCCUCCCCUAAAUGUGGCUUCCUCG